AUGGGAUUCAACGCGUGGAUAUACUCCCUAGAAAGACACGCCGAUUCAGCUGCGAGAAUCACAGCGUUCCCAUCUACCCAAUUACAUGAGGCACUCGAGUACUUGAAGAGACUUCAAUCUUGUGAGAAUUUAUUGUAUAAAGAAGUCGGGGAACAAAUUUCGAUCUUGGUCAGUAAUGCAAUAAAGGACAUUCAUCUUGCCAUUAAUCUGAAUGAAAAAGUAGAACGAACUUUUAAAAGCCUAGAAAAAGAAAUGGUAGAUAAUGACUGUGAUGACGAGAAUAAAAAAGACGAGAAGAUUUUUCGUGCACAAAACAAGUUUAAGAAACAAGCGCGUAGAUUGAAGAAGAGGUUUCAGCGUGAUGUCGAUAGAUUGGUCGAAUUGUGGCAUGCGAAUACUAAGGAAUUGGGUCAUGAGCAAGAGGAAGAAUCGUGA